AUGUCUCUGAACAGCAUCUACCGAGCAACCAAUCCAGAAGCAUUUAUUUGGCAAGAUGAAGAUCGAGAGGAAGCGACCUGGAUGGCCACAUCCAAGUCUUGGUUCGACCGCAAAGCAUGCCGUUGGCUCGGGGUAUGCGGGGGUAUGCACAUGCAUCUGAUUAAAGAGUCGGACACCUUUGGUCAUAUUCCCCAGAUGACACGAAAGCAACACAGAAAGACAGAUACAACGCCAGACUGGGACUGGCAGAAUGCUUGGACAGAAGGCAAAGACCGGCCUGAGGAUUGGACGGAUGAUGAGCGAGUUCUGAGAGACAUACCCGACUACGUCCUGGAAUAUGCUCCCCUCGUCCAUCUCUAUUCCGGAGAACAGUUCUGGCCCUGUGAUAUCGCCGAGCAUCUAUAUCAUAUCACGCCAGCCCUCAACUAUACCCCUCUUCAGUCCGAAGACAAACAUCCUACCCUCAAAAACUUGGAGAAGCUGAACAAAUGGCAAGAGGGUCGAUGGGUCUUCCUAACCAGUGAUGACGACGUGGAGGAACGACCUGAGUGGCUGGAAGGCGAGAAGAACAUCCCGAAUGCCCCGACGAAUCCUGACGAACAAUUUUUGGAUAACGAUGGGUGGGUGCAUAGGCCAGGAAGGACAUACUGGCAAGGGGUAAAAGAUUGGUUUGCUCCGGAGUUGGAUGACACGACGGUAGAGAAAGACGUACGCACAACGCACUUUGGCAAGACGGACAAUUCUCGAGCAAUCGCCAAGGUCCAUGAGCAGCUGAAACGCUCCCCUUCCGCAGGAGACAACGGGGGCAAACUUCGUGGCGGCCGCAGUGAUGCUCCAGCGGUCUUGAUCACUGUGAAUAAAGGCCAUGGCAUUGUGGAUGCCUUUUGGUUCUUCUUCUACAGUUUCAACCUCGGCAAUGUGGUUCUCAACGUUCGGUUUGGCAACCAUGUUGGCGACUGGGAACACACAGCGAUCCGUUUCCAGCACGGCGAACCCAAAGCGGUUUUCUUCAGUGAGCACAAUUUCGGGUCGGCAUACAGUUACGAUGCGGUAGAAAAGCUAGGGAAGCGUCCGGUCAUCUAUUCGGCUUAUGGGACCCACGCCAUGUACUCAACACCAGCGACCCACCCUUAUAUCUUACCUUGGGGAAUUCUCCAUGACCUCACCGAUCGAGGUCCCCUUUGGGACCCUGCCCUCAACGCACACGCUUAUACAUACGACCACAAGAAUGAUACCCUGCGGUCCUCCAACCUUACUCCCGAAGCCCCGACAGAGUGGUUCAACUUCGCUGGCCACUGGGGAGACAAAUUCUACCCUUUGAAUGAUAGACGACAAUACAGGUUUGUGGGACAGUACCACUAUGUGAAUGGACCGCUUGGUCCGAAGUUCAAGAACCUUGGAAGAAAGAAGAUUUGUCCUGGGUCUGACACGACGCCGUGUGUGAUCAAAAACUGGCUCUCUGGGUCGGAUAAGAUUGGACGAGUUCAUCUCUCGAAUGUAGACGGGGAAGACUUGUAA